AAACCACGUUUGAGUAGUACAGUAUUACGGUACUCCCACUCUCACUAGGGCAACUUCUCCGCCCUCGAACCCACUCUCAGGCACUCUCUCACUUACAUUUCCCAGUCGGAUCCAGUUGAGGAUCCGAUUAACCCGACCCGUAUUCGGCCCGAUGGCGUUGGCUUUCGAUGAAUAUGGCCGGCCGUUCAUCAUACUGAGGGAGCAGGACCAGAAAACCAGAUUGCGGGGCCUCGAUGCGCAGAAGGAGAACAUUGCCGCCGGUAAAGCGGUGGCUCGGAUCCUCCGGACCUCGCUCGGACCCAAAGGCAUGGAUAAGAUGCUUCAGAGCCCCGACGGCGACGUCACCAUCACAAAUGAUGGUGCAACGAUCUUGGAGCUGAUGGAUGUUGACAAUCAGAUUGGUAAACUCAUGGUUGAACUUUCACGGAGUCAAGAUUAUGAAAUUGGUGAUGGAACAACUGGAGUUGUUGUCAUGGCUGGUUCACUUCUAGAACAAGCAGAAAAGCUAUUAGAACGUGGAAUUCACCCUAUUCGAAUUGCAGAAGGAUAUGAGAUGGCUUCCAGGAUAGCUUUUGAGCAUUUGGAGCGUAUAUCACAUAAGUUUGAGUUUACUGAAGCAGACAUGGAACCUCUGAUUCAGCCUUGUAUGACUACUUUAUCAUCCAAGAUUGUGAAUAGGUGCAAGCGUGCUAUGGCUGAGAUUGCAGUUAAAGCGGUCCUUGCUGUUGCAGAUUUAGAGAGAAAGGAUGUUAAUCUUGACCUAAUUAAAGUAGAGGGAAAAGUAGGAGGAAAGUUGGAGGAUACUGAACUAAUUUAUGGUAUUGUGGUUGACAAAGAUAUGAGUCACCCACAGAUGCCAAAGCAAAUCGAGGAUGCCAAAAUUGCCAUUUUGACUUGUCCCUUUGAGCCUCCGAAGCCAAAGACUAAACAUAAGGUUGACAUUGAUACAGUGGAAAAAUUCCAAACAUUACGUGAACAAGAGAGGAAAUACUUUGAUGAUAUGGUACAAAAAUGCAAGGAUGUUGGGGCUACCUUGGUUAUCUGCCAAUGGGGUUUCGAUGAUGAGGCGAACCACUUAUUAAUGCAUAGAGAGUUACCUGCUGUUCGAUGGGUUGGAGGCGUGGAGCUAGAACUGAUAGCCAUAGCUACAGGAGGGAGAAUCGUGCCAAGGUUUCAAGAGUUGACGACUGAUAAACUAGGCAAGGCUGGAAUAGUACGAGAAAAAGCAUUUGGAACCACUAAAGAUCGGAUGAUAUAUAUUGAGCACUGUGCAAAUUCAAGGGCUGUGACUAUAUUUAUACGGGGCGGGAACAAGAUGAUGAUAGAGGAAACCAAGCGCAGCAUACAUGAUGCUUUAUGCGUUGCUAGGAAUCUUAUUCGCAACAAUUCUAUAGUAUACGGUGGUGGCUCUGCUGAAAUUUCUUGCUCAAUCGCUGUCGAAGCAGCUGCAGAUAAACACCCAGGAGUUGAGCAGUAUGCAAUUAGGGCAUUUGCAGAUGCAUUAGAUGCUAUUCCAAUGGCUCUGGCAGAAAAUAGUGGUCUCCAGCCGAUCGAAACUUUAUCUGCCGUUAAAGCUCAACAAAUUAAGGAAAAUAACUCGUGCUGCGGCAUAGACUGCAACGACGUCGGCACAAAUGACAUGCGUGAGCAGAAUGUUUUCGAGACUUUGAUAGGAAAACAGCAGCAGAUUCUGCUAGCAACGCAAGUUGUGAAGAUGAUUCUAAAAAUCGACGACGUCAUCUCACCCUCUGAUUAUUGAGUUUUUUUGUUUUGUUUUCGAUAAUCAGACGCUUGAUUGAAACAAUUUUUGCUGUCUAGAAUUGUGCCGACUAUCUAUAUCAUUUUCUUUUGCUGAAAUGGUAGACUCUUAAUAUUUUUGAGCUUAUGUGGUGCUACUCCCUACUAAGUUUAUUUGUAAUGGCUUCAUUGAUUGUGUGUUUGAUAGAUUUUGAUAGCAUUAUUUUUCAUUCUGG